AGCCCUCCGGGACCUCCCCAACCUCCCUGCGACCCCCGCCCUGCCCGUGUCUGUGGGGGCCCGCCCCGCACAACCCUGUAGGCGGCUGCUCGGGGUGCCCUGAGGGCCUGCAGGGCUCCGGGGGGGAUCUGAGGCGACCCCUCCUCCGGGAGUACCGGGUUCGAGUCCGCUCCUCCGCUCCGGUGUGAGGUGUGGGGACCUCCGCGGCUGUGGACGGGCUGUCACCGUGUCACCUCUGCCCGGUACCCCCGCACGUCACAGCAGCCGGGAAGAUGGUGAAGGAGACGGGUUACUACGACCUGCUGGGCGUGCGGCCGGGCGCCAGCCUGGACGAGAUCAAGCGGGCAUACCGGCGCCUGGCACUGCGCUACCACCCCGACAAGAACCCCAGCGAGGGCGAGCGGGUACGUGCGGCCCCCCCGGCCCCUCCCCGAGCCCCCCAUGCCCAGCUGACCCCUCUGUGCCCUCCCCAGUUCAAGCAGAUCUCGCAGGCCUACGAGGUGCUGUCGGACGCCCACAAACGGGCGCUGUACGACCGCGGAGGAGAGCGAGCCAUGAAGGAGGGAGGCCUGGGGGGCCGCGGGGGAGGCGGCGGCUUCGGCUCCCCCAUGGACAUCUUCGACCUCUUCUUUGGAGGGGGAGUGAGGAUGCGAGGCCGGGCGGACAGGAGAGGGAAGACAGUGGUGCACCAGCUCUCUGUAUCACUCGAGGAUCUGUACAACGGCUCCACACGGAAGCUGUCCCUGCAGAAAAACAUCAUCUGCCGCAAGUGUGGAGGCUGCGGGGUGCGGGAGGGCGCCCAGAGGAGGUGCCCCAAGUGCCACGGCUCGGGCAUGGAGGUUCGCAUCCACCAGCUGGGGCCCAGCAUGAUCCAGCAGAUCCAGACCGUGUGCUCGCAGUGCCAGGGCCAGGGCGAGUGGAUCCGGCCCCGCGACUGCUGCCUCACCUGCAACGGCCGCAAGGUGGUGCGGGAGAAGAAAAUCCUCAGCGUGCACCUGGAUAAAGGCAUGAAGGACGGGCAGAAAAUCACCUUCCACGAGGAAGGGGACCAGGUGCCCGGCCUGGAGCCCGGGGACAUCAUCAUCGUGCUGGAUCAGAAGGAACAUCCUGUUUUCCGGCGCAGCGGUGACGACCUGAUUGUCAGGAGGGAGAUCAGCCUGGCAGACGCCCUGUGUGGGUGCAGGCAGGUGAUCCACACCCUGGACAACCGCACCCUGCUCGUGUCCUCCCCGCCAGGUGAUGUGAUCCGACCUGGGGACCUGAAGUGCAUCCCCAACGAGGGCAUGCCCGUCUACAGGAGCCCCUUCCAGAAAGGAAAACUCAUCCUGCAGUUCGAGGUGAAGUUCCCCGAGCCGGGCUGGCUCCCCACGGACCGCCUGCGGCAGCUGCAGGGCUUCUUCCCGCCGCAGGAGGAGGUGAUGGCCACGGAGGACACGGAGGAGGUGGAGCUCAGCGAUUACACGGCUCACAGCGGGCCGGGCCGGCGGCCCUACACGGGGGAAGCUUAUCACGAGGAUGAUUUCGAGGAUGGGAUGAGGCAGCAUGUGCAGUGCCAGACCUCAUAGCGGGCUGGGGCCCGGGAGCAGGCGGGGCAGGGGAGGGGCUGCCACCUUCAGGGAUGUACAUAGGGCGCCUUUCCGACAGCACUUCACCUUCCCCGGCCCCACAGAGCCGGCAGAGCCCCCCUGCCCUGCCGGGUGAGCCCCCUGCCCUGCCGUGGGGGGCACGGGGUGGGCUCCAGCUGCCGCUGCUGGAAUGGAGCAGUAACACAGGGGGUACCCGCUGCCCCUGCCUCAGUUUCCCCAUCUGCAGUGUGGGGAGCAGGGGAAGUGCCCCAGUCCCACCCCCACCCUGGGGACCUGCUGCCCGGGCCCCAGCUCCUUGCUUUGCCCAUUUCUUUCCUUACUGGAGCCUGGCUCAGGCCUGGGAUGCAGAGGGGGUGGCUCUUUUCUCUUUGCACAGGACAGGAGGGGUUGGGGGGAACCCGUCCCUUUCCUUUAAUUUAUUUUUGGAAGAAUUUUAGAAGUUUUUCUUUUUUUUUUGGUUUUUUUUUUGGGGGGC